AUGUGCCCUCAGCCUCCCCCAAAAGAAGGAGACUCUGCCAAAUGCCCAGAGGCCACAGUGGUGGAGUCGCCAUCACUUUCUGGAGACCAGUAUCCCCCUCGGAAGGGGUUUGUCUCUUCCCCCAGCAACUGGGAGCUCACAGAGGAGGAGGCGGCUGAGGACCAGGAUGACAGCUCCGCUGUCCCGUCCCCUCACAAAAGGGCUCCCCUCCAGAGUCGGAGGCUUCGGCAAGCCAACAGCCAGGAGGGGAGGCUCUGGUCCCGGCCCCCUCUCAGUUACUUCCACCUAAUUGCACUGGCAUUAAGAAACGGUUCCCGCUGUGGCCUCAACGUGCAACAGAUCUACAGUUUCACUCGACAACAUUUCCCCUUUUUCCGGACGGCUCCUGAAGGCUGGAAGAAUACCGGGCAUCAUGAUCUCUGGUUCCGAGACAGCUUUGAGAAAGUGCCGGUCGGCAUGCAGGGUGGGACCAGCACACGGCCCCGAUCCUGCUUCUGGAAGUUGACCGACAAGGCAUACCGCCGCUUUGCAGAGGAGGCCCGCGCCUUGGACUCCACUCGGCUGGAAAGUAUCCAACAGUGCAUGAGCCAGCCAGACGUGAUGCCCUCCCUCUUCAACCUUUAG